AUGGACGACGGAGGGAUCUCACCAGCAGUUGUAGCCAUAUGCGACCGCUAUAACGCCGGCACUGACCUCGUGCUCCACCAUGUGAAUGCAUUUCUCGACGUCUCCUCCCAGUGGACGUUGAUGCGUGCGGCACUUGCUGGGCACUUGCAUCUCGUGCAACGCUUGAGUCGUCGUCACCCAACGGCGUUUGACUGCUGCUGCCAAGAAGCAAUGGACUCGGCGGCCGAGUUUGGCCACCUGGAUGUUGUGCAGUGGUUGCACGCGAACCGACGUGAGGGCUGCACGACGGAUGCCAUGGACAUGGCUGCUUGUAACGGCCACUUGGAGAUUGUCCAGUGGCUGCAUGAGCACCGUCACGAAGGCUGUACGAGCAACGCGAUUGACUUUGCUGCGCAACAUGGCCACGUGAAGGUCAUAAAGUGGCUACAUUCGAAUCGAACAGAAGGCGCGACGCAUUAUGCGAUUGACAAUGCUGCAACGUCGGGUCAUUUAGACGUGAUCCAGUGGCUUUAUACGCAUCGAGAUGAAGGGUGUUCGCAGUCGGCCAUUGUGAAUGCCAUAUAUGCGGGACAUGAAGACGUGGCCAGGUGGCUCGCGAGAAACUGUAAACGCGACUGUGUGGGCAAAUUGGGCUUCGUCGAGUAUUUGGCGAGACGAGGAUUCUGGGACGCUGCGGCGUUGGUGGACAAACAUCCGUAUUUGAAAGAUCUGGUUGACGAGAUGGUGCUCACGGAUGACGAAGAAGAUGAGGGGCAAGACAUGGCCAUUCAAAACCGAGUAUUAUAUAUGCAAUUGUACACAGGCUUAUAA